AUGGAAGGCAUCGCUCAACCUCAUAACGACGCGCUGGUAAUAUCUGUCCUUAUGAAUAGGUUUAGAAUUAAACGUGUGCUAAUUGAUCCAGGUAGCUCGGCUAAUAUCAUCCGAUGGAGAGUCAUCGAGCAGCUGGGACUACUGGAUCAGAUCGUACCAGCAAUACGAGUUCUCAAUGGAUUCAACAUGGCCUGCGAAAUGACGAAGGGUGAGAUCACCUUACCGAUCAACACGGCAGGAACUACGCAGCAGAUUUUUUUUUUUGUGAUAGAGGGAGAUAUGGGAUACAACACAUUAUUGGGAAGACCGUGGAUUCACCUCAUCAAAGAGGUCCCCUCAACUAUGCAUCAGGCGUUGAAAUUCCUGACCUCAGAGGGGAUCAAAACGAUUUAUGGUGAACAACAGGCAGCAAAGGAAAUGUUUGCGGUCGAAGAAUCUGUUAAGACUACAAAGAUACCAGAUUGGAAUGAAGGGGAAAGUGUCACGACCUGA